UUAAUAAGUUAGCUACCGCUGACCACCGAAUGUUCAGCUUGCUUCUAUUUCUGGAGCAAUAAUUUUGAGUUCACUUUGCAGAUUUACGGACGGUGAAAUGGCCAAAGUAGUGGACUUAUUAAAAGACAAAACUCAAUUGACAUAUUCAUUUGAAGUAACACCAGAUGUGCUGGAAGCUGACUUGGAAAAUUUGGCAAUAGAGCCAUUAUUUUAUUCAGUCACUUGGCAUGCUAAAUCUCACCUUAACAAGGAUCUGGAUAUAGCUCCACUGAGACUUGCGAGGCUUUUGCGAAGAAAAAAUAAAAAUGUCCUGUUACACUUGACAUGUGAUUUACUAAAGAAAAACUAUUUGGUUAAAUUAUUGCAGAUGCUUCAAGAAAAUAGUAUACGCAAUUUGUUUGUAAUUCUUGGAGAAAAUUUCGAUCCAGACUCAUCAGACUUCAAAUCUACCGAAGAAUUAAUUACAGCAAUAAGGAAUGAAACUAGAGAUUACUUUUGUAUAGGAGUAGCAGGAACGCCGAAUUGUGACGAUGAAAAAUUAAACGCACUUAAGAAGAAAGUAGAAGUCGGUGCAAAUUUUAUCAUUACUCAAGCAUUCUUCGAAUCCAAAAUAUUCACUAGUUUCUAUGACAGGUGUAAGAACGUUCAAAUUAAUGUACCAAUCAUACCGGGUUUAUUUUAUUUUGAGACUUACAAACAGUUAGUUGGUUUCACGAACUUGUGUAAAAUUAAAGUAUCUGAAGAUGUCUUACAACAGUCCGAGAAAGAUGUCGAAGCCGGAAAAAUAAUAACUCAAAACCUUAUUUUUUCUUUAAAAGCUAGAAACGUUCAUCACGUCCAUUUCUUUACAUUGAAUAAAUUGCACAGUGUCUCAAAAUUUAUAAAACUGAUUUUAUAAACAAUUUUGAUAUUUUUCUUUGACUGUU